AUGGCUUCAAGCGAAAACAAUAGUGACGACGGAGGUGGGGCCAACAUUUUCUCGGGCUUUUCAAGCUCGAACGGCAGUGCUCCGGAGUACGAGCAUCUGAUGCAGUUCGAGUACCUGAAGACCAAGUACCGGGACGUGCUGUCGCAGCUGAAGACGGUUUCGAGCGAGAAGCAGCGGCUGGAGCACGAUCUGCAGCUGCUCAAGAAGGAGCUGGACGGGAAGGGUGACUUUUUCAACAGCACGUUCCACGAGUACAGUGCGCUGAAGCAAAAGUACGACGCGCUCCGGUUGCGGUAUGACGACAUCGCGAAGGAUCCGUCCCAUUACGUGAAGCUGUGCGACGAGCUGAAGAAGGAACGGAACAAGUACAAGGAGCUGCUGAAGGCGACCGAGCACGAGCUGGAGACGGUGCUGUCGGAACGCGGGAGCGUGCUGAAGGAGAACCAGAAGCUGUACGACAAGAAUGAGGCGCUCGAGAGGGAGGUGCAGGGCAAGCUGAAGGAGUGCGCUGGGUUGAAGGAAAAGAUCGAGCUGCUGAAAAGCCACCAAGAGUACCAGCAGCUGUCGAACGAGAGCAGCUGGAGCAAGGAGCUGUCCGAGAGCAAGGACAAGUUCGGUAUCGUGUCGGAGAACCUGGACACGGCCAACCAGGAAAUCGAACGGCUCAAGAAAGCCCUGGACAAGGCGAAGGCGGAGAUCACGAAAGCGGUCCACGAUACGGAGGUGGCAAAGCAGCGCCGUGAUUGGGCCAUUUCGGAGCGCGAAAAGAUCGUCCAGGAACGGGACAGUGUGCGCAAUCUGUGCGACGAAAUUCGAAAAGAGCGUGAUACGGCCACUUCGAAGCUGCUGGCGGCGAUCCGCGAUAAGGACGAUGCGCACAAGAAGAUCGAACUGUUGACCGAUCAGUUGGAUCAACUGAUACGGGACAGCAUCAACAACAACGCCGCCAGUUCGCGUUCCGGGAUCCGAUCACCGGCGGGUACCAGGAACGCGGCGGCGGCGGCGGCCGGUGGUGACGUAAACGGUGGCACACCGACACCGACCCCGAACGCGUCGCUGGCGUCGAUGAACAACAACGGAAGCAGCCACCGGAACUCGCACUACAGCAGCUUCAGCUCGAUCUACAACCUGGAAUCGUUGCAGCAGUACGACGUGGAGAUCGUCGAGAUCGACACGUCGCCCCUGCUGAGCAACUCGUCCGACUGGGGGCUCACGAUCAGCGGCGAUCUCGAUCACCAUGGGUACGGGGGGAGCGAUCACAGCAACUCGAAAAACCUGUGCGGCCCGUACGUGGCCGCCGUAGAGCAUGACUCGAUUUUUGCGGGCAAACUCAAACCGAACGACAUCAUCUGUCAGAUCAACAGUCACGAUUGUAGUACCUUUUCGCGCCGCAUGAUCUACCGCACGAUCCGCGGUAGCGUCCCGCAGUGCAUCAUCACGGUCAAGCGGCCGACGAAGCGGUUGCUGCCGGUGCAGAUUCCGUUUACGAGCACGAACCGUAACCAUGGGCUGACGCUCGAGUUGGGUCUGUACAUUGCGAAGCUGGAACCGAACUCGAUCGCCGCCAAGGAUGGUCGGCUGGCGGUGGGUGAUCGCAUCCUGUCGAUCAACAACAAACCGAUGGAGAGCAUCAAAAACAUCAACGAUGUAAACGCGUACAUUAACGACAUGCGCAACAGCAGCCUGAACUUGAUCGUGAUCAAGGACAUGGCCGAGCCGCACCCGAGCUAUGCGAGCUUUUAUCAGCCGCGCCUGAAGCACCACAUCCGCAACACGACCAGCUGCACCCAGACGGACAGUUCGCUCUCCACGACGGCAACGUUCGGGAGCCAGCAGAACACGCACACGACCGCGACGGCGGCCACGAACUCACCGAGCGCCCUGAUGAUGGUGAACCGGCUGAGCCUCGAGUUUGACCACAACAACCACUUCCUGCCGUCCGCGAUGCCCUGCUCCUCGUCGGCGUCGCACCAACCGUCACCGAGCACCCCGAACUCGGUGGCCGCCAGCACGCCGUCGUCGACGAAAUCGGCCUCCAAGCUGACGGAGUUCAUCCAGAAGAUCAAAGACAAGAUGGCCAUCAGUAACCACCACAGCAAGGAUGCUGGGGCCGGCGGCGGUAGCCAGGAAAACGACGCCAUUGCCGCGCUCGAUUCCGUACUGUACAGUGACGAGCGCGACGGCAAACGUUCCGGCAAGCGCCGGAGCAAGGCCGGAGGCGGCGGCACGGGAACAGUGUCGUCGUCGUCACAUCAGGCCGCCGACAUACCGCGCGGUACGUGGCCCCGGGUAAACAUGACGGUCCCGUUCACCGAGAACCACCCGGGCACGAUCGUGCACCGGCCGAAAAAGGAGCGACCCCGGCUAACGAUCCCGAGCGGUGGUGGACCGCUCGAUCUGGACAACAACAACUACUUUUCGGCGGCCCUUAACGAAGCGAACACAAUCCCCACCAACUUCCACCACCCGAUCGGUAGCCCGAGUGGCGGUGUGGUGGCCAGUGGCAACAUGCCCAUAGCACUGCCGCCGAAGGGCAUUCCACCGUCCGAAGGGCCACCGGUCGGAACGCUACCGAGCUCGUCGUCAAACAAACGCAACUCCCAUCCCGUGAUGCCGACGAUCGACAUCAGCCGGCUGCUGGCGGCAAAGUACGGCGAUCCGACCGGCGUGGCCGGCUCCAGUCCGAGUGGUGGCGCCAACAAUGGACUGCCAUCGAUCGGUGGCGGCAGUGUCGGUGGAGGCUUGCCGAAACCGACCGGAACCGGGUUCCCGCGAACCUCACCGUACGACGAUCGGCAUCACGAUGGUGGUUUGAACCUCAACAAACAUCGGUUCAGUUUGAAUCUAUCCGCGAUGAGUAAGCAGCUCCAGCAGCACCAGCAACACCAGCAGCAACAAUUCCUCCUGGGCCACCCCGCAACCCAUCAGCAACAGAACUCGCUCGAUUUCAUUCCCAUCCCGUCGUCGUCCGCGUCCCAGAAGAGCAGUCACUCGAUCGAUUCGUCGACCCCGAAGAGUCCACCCGGCGGCAUGCUCUACUACCCCGGGCUGGCGGUCGGUGGCGUCGGAUCGUCGAAAGAUCACCGUGGAGGGCCCGGCAGUGCCACGGAGUUCUUUAUGUCGGACAAGAUUACGAAAACCUUGUCCAAGUACUCGAGCGAUGCCGAGAGUAUCACGGACACGGAGUCACUUUCGCUGGGAUCGCUGCCACCCGGAGGUCCACCGAUCCCGAAGGGUCCGAAGGGCACCGGAAGCAACGCUUUACCGGCCACGCUGUCCUCGGGUGGUGGGCAGGUGGGAUCGAAAACGAACACACUUCCGUUGCCGCACAUGCGCAAGCAAUCCGGGUCCGGGUCGGGCUCGAACCGGGUGGCUCACCAUGUGCAGCACAGUCACGCCGGUGCUACGGCCGGGUACGGGGCCACAAUUCCCGGAUCGUACCCACACCCGUUCAACAUGCGAACGCAGCAAUCGUCGGCCAACAGUGUCGGUGUUCCGGAAACACUGCUCACGGGAGGAGCGGGCACCACGGGUGGCGGCGGUCCCGGACAUCAUCACGGACACGGUGUCUCGAUGGACUACACGUCGUACCGGUACAGCCAGAUUCAGUCGUCGAAGGAGGACGUCCCGAUCGUCGUCGGGUAUGGCGGCAGCGGUGGCGGCGCCGGUUCCGGUUACGAAGGGGGAACUUUCCCCCGGAACAAAAGCAGCCACCAGCAGCAGCACCAGCAGCACCUGCAUCAGAUGGCGAUGAUGGCCGUCGCGGGGUCCGGCUUUGGCGUCCCGUCGACGAACCCGAGUGUCACGAGCCGCGGUAGCGGCAUCAAGAUCAGCAACGGUUCGAUCGACUGCAGUAGCUCCGAGCGAGCGUCACCGAUUCCGACGUUCGAGGUGCAGAUCCUGAAGCCGGGCCACGUUCCCUCGUCAUCCGCAGCGGGGGGCGGACCCGGUUCGAACAAACGGAGCUCGCUGCAAGACCACUACGGCGGCGGUGGCGGCACCGGUGUCCACUCGAAACCGAACGUCGGGGCACUCCGCUUGGUGCUGAUCGACAAGAGCGAAAUGUCGCUCGGCAUCAAGAUUUUCUGUCGCCGCAACGGUGGCGGCGUGUUCGUGUCGAACGUCGGCGAGAACAGUCUGGCCAGCAAGGUGGGGCUGCACAUCGGCGAUCAGCUGCUCGAGGUGUGCGGCAUCAAUCUGCGCAAGGCCACGUACGAGCUGGCGGCGCACGUACUGCGCCAGUGCGGCAACUCGAUCACCAUGCUGGUGCUGUACAAUCCGGUCGUGUACAACAAUCUGACCACAAGCGAAGACAAUUUGGCCCGCUCGGGAUCACCGACGCCGCAGAAUUCACCACCCCGGCCGAUGGUGGGAAGCGGCGGUGGCGGUGGCGGUGGCCGCUCCCUCAUCUCGGCCGUCUCGGCGGCGGCCUCCGGUAACGCGGGAGGAGGCGAUCGCGGGAAGACGACAUCCGUUGGGUUGGAAGAGCGGAAAGAUUUCGCCGACAGCCUCGAGCAACCGGAGCUGCACGAGGAUGACGACGAGGACGACGACGACCGGGUAGCCACCGGGUCUGGACCGGGCUCGGGCAUGUACAAGGAGCAGCCGCGCGAUAUCUACAUCGAGACGCGCAAAACGUCCAACCUGGGGAUCACGCUGGUCGGUGGCAACGCGAACGGGAUCUUCGUGCACGGCGUACAGAAGGACUCGAUCGCCGACCAGGCCGGUCUGCUGGUCGGCGAUCAGAUACUGGAGUUUAACGGUACCGAUAUGCGCCGAUCGACGGCCGAACAUGCCGCCCUGGAGAUCGCCAAACCGGCCGAUCACGUCAAGGUGCUCGUGCUUUACAACAUACAGAAGUUCAAUCAAAUCAAGGACAAACCGGGCGAUGCACUGUACAUUCGCGUCGGGUUCGACCGGAACUGCGAUCAGGGCGAAUCGGAGCUGUCGUUUGCCAAGGACGAGGUGCUGUUCGUCGACAACACCAUGUUCGGCGGCAUUCCCGGCAAGUGGCGGGCCUGGAAGCUGGACGAGUACGGGCACAAGCGCCAAUGUGGCAUCAUUCCCAACAAACUCAAAGUGGAAGAGGAGCUACGGCUGCUGGGAGACACCGGAGACGUCGAUACGACGGCGCGGCGUGGAUCAACUUCGGCACGGCGAUCGUUUUUCAAGCGCAUCAAGCCGCAACGCAGCUCAUCGCGCGACUCGAAGGAACUGGCCAGCUUUAGCAACACCCACCUGAGCCUCUACCUGGACUCGGGCUCACUGAACGACGACGGACUGAGCACCUACCAGCGGGUGGAACGAUUAGAAUACACCUACCGACCGGUGAUCAUUCUGGGGCCACUGGCGGAGUUUGUGAUCGACAAGCUGUGCAUCGAUUUCCCCGAGGACUUUGCCGUGCUGCAGGAGGCCCAGAAGAAGUGCACGAAGGAGGAGAUGGAACUGGCGCUCCAGAACAACACGAUCGCCGACUACAAACUGCGCAGCAACGGCAUCUUCGAGUACACGAGCAUGCAAGCCGUGCGGGAUAACAAGCAAUGCCAUUGCAUCCUGAACGUCAGCAUGGCGGCCGUCGAGCGGCUGCAGCGCGCUCAAAUCUAUCCGGUCGUGCUGCUGCAGCGCUUCAAGUCGGCCAAACAAAUCAAAGAGAUCAAAGACUCGCGCUACUCGACCGACAAAAUCUCCGCCAAGGCGGCCAAAGAAAUGUUCGAGCACACGCUCAAGCUGGAGUCCGAGUACCGGCAGUUCAUAUCGGUGGUCAUUUCGGGCGUCAACAUUACGCACAUGUGCACCCAAAUCAAGGCCGCCGUCGACAGUGAGCAGAAAAAGAUCCUCUGGGUGUCGGUGCCGACACCGUUGUGACAUCCCGAGUCCAUGGGCUUCCUGUUGCCGCACGAGGACGAGCGGUUGGCGUGAAGGUAAGAGGAGGGACCCAGUAAGUA